GUUUGUCAAAGUGCGACACAACUCAGCCUAGCUACAAUUGGAAAACAUUGUAAACACAUCAAAUAGCAAUAAUAACAAUACAAAUCAAAAGCAAUAUAAUUUAAAAAAAAAAAUGCGUAAGACGCAUAUUGGACAUAUGUAACUUGUAACGUGGAUGGUCAACAAAAGCCACGAUCGUUAAAGGUAAUACAACGUAAAGCAAGAAAAAUAUAAAUCCACACACGCACACACAUACGCAUGUAAAAAGACGAAAGAAUAAAUAAUAAAGCGGACAACGACAGCGAAAAGUGCGCGCUGCAUAGCACAGCAAAUUAAUUAAUUACAAAGUUAUACAAUAAUGAGCAGCCAGGGGGGGCAUCGGACGCCAUGCAGCUUUGCCGCCGGCAGCAUGACAACCCUGGCCCGCAACAAAAGCAACAACAACAACAACACAACAGACUGCUCGGGCGCCAAUUAUAAAGGCGCCGAAUACAGCAAUGAAAUUGAUCUGGGAGAACGCUUCUCGGUGGACAUUGCCCGACUCUGCAUGAACGAUCGCUACUCGGAUGUGGAAUUCGUGGUCGAGGAGCAACGUUUACCGGCACAUCGGGCCAUACUCGCAGCACGCAGCGAAUACUUUCGGGCGCUGCUCUACGGCGGCAUGUCGGAGACGUCGCAGCGACAGAUCGCAUUGGAUGUGCCGUUGGAUUCGUUUAAGGUGCUGUUGCGUUACAUUUACUCGGGCACACUGUCGAUGGCGACGCUAGACGAUGAUGCGAUCAUUGGCAUCUUGGGCAUGGCCAAUCAGUAUGGAUUCCAGGAUCUUGAAAUGGCCAUCUCCAACUAUUUGCGUCAAUAUCUGACGCUGAACAAUGUGUGCAUGAUAUUGGAUGCGGCGCGUCUGUACAAUCUGGAGGAGCUCACACAGGUCUGUCUCAUGUUCAUGGAUCGCAAUGCCGAAGAGCUGCUGCUGCACGAUUCCUUCAAAAUGCUCUCAAGGGAAUCGUUAGAGGAGGUGCUGCGUCGUGACUGCUUCUUUGCAUCCGAAGUGCAAAUCUUUUUGUCCGUUUGGAAAUGGAGUCGCUACAAUCCCGAUAUUGAUAUUGAAACGGUGGUCUCCUUGGUGCGUCUACCGCUAAUAAGUCUGGAGGAUCUGUUGCAAGUGGUGCGUCCAUCGGGCAUCCUGAAGCCCGAAAUACUCGAUGCCAAGAUCCUCGAUGCCAUCGAUGAGUGCAGCACAUCGAAAACGUUACCCUAUCGUGCCGCAUUGUGGCCGGAAGAGAAUGUGGCUACAGCGAAAUUCAUGUCGCGUUGCAUUCAGGGCGAAUGUCGUUCCGCUUUGCUGGACGGUGAUGUCACCUCGUAUGACAUGGAGCAUGGUUAUACACGUCAUUGUAUCAGCGAUUGCAAUGAUGAUGGCAUCGUUGUCGAACUCGGCACCAUGUGCAUGAUUAAUCACAUUCGCAUGCUGCUCUGGGAUCGUGAUAGUCGCGCCUAUUCGUAUUUCGUUGAGGUCUCGGGCGAUCAACAGCAUUGGGAACGUGUCAUCGAUUAUAGCAAAUAUCAUUGCCGCUCCUGGCAGUAUUUGUACUUUGAGGCGCGCCCCGUGCGUUUCAUACGUCUCGUGGGCAUUCAGAAUACAGUGAAUCGGGUCUUUCAUUUGGUGGGCUUGGAGGCAACGCAUACAGCGAAUGUGCCCAAGCUGGUUGAUGGCUUUGUGGCGCCCGAUGUCAAUGUGGCCACCGUCGAGAUGAGCGCCAUUGUCACGGAUGGUGUCAGUCAUACACGGAAUGGUCUCAUCAAUGGUGAUUAUACCGGCUACGAUUGGGAUUCGGGUUAUACGUGUCAUCAGCUGGGCAGCGGCGAGAUUGUUGUGCGUUUGGGUCAACCUUACUAUGUGGGAUCGAUGCGUUUGCUAUUGUGGGAUUGCGAUGAUCGCACCUAUAGCUACUACAUUGAGACGUCAACGAAUCGCAAGAAUUGGCAAACUGUGGUCGACAAACGUACGGAGAAGGCGCGCUCCUGGCAGAAUUUACACUUUGCGCCACGCCCCAUUGUCUUUAUACGCAUUGUGGGCACCAGGAAUACAGCAAAUGAGAUCUUUCAUUGCGUGCACUUGGAGUGCCCGACACAGGACAAAGAAUUCCUCAAGCAGAUUGCUGAGAUGAACCUCAAGAAGGAACAGAACAAGGAUAAAGACGAGCAUGAGCUGGACGAUGAUGUGGCUAGCACAUCGCGUGCAGCGGCUGCUUUAACGCUCGACGAACGCGUUGAGUUUCCUGUUUCACCUGGCAGCGAUUCGUUGGUCCGUUGGCCGCCGCAUGUCAAUGGCGAUCUGGACCUCUUUAAACGUUCAUCAGCUGAAGCGAAUCGCGAUCCACUCGAUACGUCUGGCACAUCGACAACGCCAUCAUCGACGCCCCCAACACCAACGACAACAGCAGCACGCUCCAGCGAGCCGGCGCAGCGACAAGCGCCAGUGCCUGCAGAGCCGGAAGUUGCGCAACUUGUUGAGCUGGGCAAUAGUGAUCAACAAGCGGAGCAAGCGCAACAGCAGACGGAUCGCUAAAUCUCGACUUCGACUGUGCGAAACCCCUUUUUUAUACGUGAUCGUUUUUUUUUU